UUUCUAACAACAGGCUCAUGUCCGAGUCCGACGGCGAGCCACGUGAAUACCACGGAGUCAGUGCUCAUACUCAUGUGAGGCGAGUUUUGAGACUUCACUUGAGAGGAACUACAAAAUUUAAAAUGGUCAUUUCAAUUUCACCCGAAGAUGUACGAAGAUUACUUAAAUACGAAGACUUAAUACCGAUGAUAGAAAAUUGUCUUGGUAAUUUUUCUGAACAUGAAAACAGUGGUGUAGUAAUGCCUGUUCGUAAGACUGUUGACGUGAACCAAGGCAGCGGCCUUUGGCAGUCAGCACUUAGGAGUCCAGCUUCAGACCCCCUGUCAGGGACCUUAGCCCCAGUGUCAGGGAAUUCUUGGUGGCACCCCUGGGUGGUGGAGGAAUAUCUGUUCACAAUGCCAUGUUUUUCCAAGAAUGAAGAAGCACUAACUGUGAAAUUAGUAUCAAGGUUUCCUAAACAAAACCCAUCCAUGCACAGUAUUAUUAUCCUGUUAAAUUCAACAACUGGAGCAAUUGAGGCUUUAUUGGAUGGUGUAGUAAUUACAUUAAUGCGUACAGCAGCUGCAUCAGCUGUUGCUCUGAAGUAUCUGACUGUGCCAGAGAAAUGCAAGAUUUUAUGUAUAAUUGGUGCUGGUGGGCAGGCAUUGAGUCACUUCCACGCAUUCAAACAUGUUAGAAAUUUUACUGAGGUAAGGGUCUGGAAUCGAACUGCUGCUAAUACUCAGAAAUUUGCCAAAGAGACUGGGGCAAUUCCUUAUGAUAAUGCAGAAGAGGCUGUAAAAAAUGCUGAUGUAGUUGUCACAGCUACUAGUGCAACAACGGCAGUCUUGUGUGGUGAUUGGUUGAAACCUGGUGCUUUCGUGUGUUCUGUUGGUGCACCUAUAGAAACUGCCCGUGAAUUGGAUGAUUCUGUGAUGCAUCAGUCAACUGUAGUUGUGGAUGGUUAUGAUGGAGCUCAGACUUUGUCUGGUGAUAUCAUUCUCUCAAAGGCCAAAAUAUCUGCUGAAAUAGGUGAAGUUAUUUCAGGAAAAGUGACCUUGCAAACAAACAAAUUUGUUCUUUUCAAAUCACUUGGAAUGGCAGUUUAUGAUGCAGUAACAGCAAAACAUAUUUCUACCAAAUACACAACAUCUUCCAAACCUGGUUCAUAAAGAUAAUCAUGAAGAAGUACUGUACAAUUGAAUGCAUGUAUUUUCAAAAAAACAAAUGCAAACAUAAUUACAUAAACAUCCCAAGGUUCCUUUGGAUCUUCAACAA